CUCCCGCUCGCGCGCCCCUUUUCUCCCUCCGCCGCCUGCAGCAGCAGGAGCCGCCGCCGCCCCGCCAGGCCUCCGCGCCGGACCCCUCCGAGGCCGCGUCCGCGGGGCAGGCCCCGGCUUGCUUCCCCUCCCCUCCCUCCCCUCCUCCGGUGCCGGCCCGCCCCGCUUCCCUUCCCCCCCCCCCCCCUUCCCCCUUCCCUCCUCCUCCCUUCCCUCGCCGGUGCCGGAGCCGCCACGCCGCCGCCAUGGAGCUCAUCACUAUCCUGGAGAAGACGGUCUCGCCGGACCGCUCCGAGCUUGAGGCGGCGCAGAAGUUCCUGGAGCAGGCGGCCAUCGAGAACCUGCCAACCUUCCUAGUGGAACUGUCCAGAGUGCUGGCAAACCCUGGCAACAGCCAAGUGGCCCGCGUGGCAGCCGGCCUGCAGAUCAAGAACUCCCUCACCUCCAAGGACCCCGACAUCAAGGCCCAGUACCAACAGAGAUGGCUCGCCAUCGACGCCAACGCCCGCAGGGAAGUCAAGAACUACGUUUUGCAGACAUUGGGUACAGAAACAUACAGACCCAGCUCAGCCUCUCAGUGCGUGGCUGGCAUCGCGUGCGCAGAGAUCCCCAUGAACCAGUGGCCAGAACUCAUUCCCCAGUUGGUAGCAAAUGUUACAAAUCAACACAGCACGGAGCACAUGAAAGAGUCGACGUUGGAGGCCAUUGGAUACAUCUGUCAGGAUAUAGAUCCAGAGCAACUUCAGGACAAAUCAAAUGAGAUCCUGACAGCCAUUAUCCAGGGAAUGAGAAAGGAAGAGCCCAGCAACAAUGUGAAGCUAGCAGCUACUAAUGCACUCCUGAACUCUUUGGAAUUCACCAAAGCAAACUUUGACAAAGAGUCUGAAAGGCACUUUAUUAUGCAAGUAGUCUGUGAAGCAACACAGUGUCCAGAUACAAGGGUACGAGUGGCUGCCUUACAGAAUUUGGUGAAGAUCAUGUCCCUUUAUUAUCAAUAUAUGGAGACCUACAUGGGUCCUGCGCUUUUCGCUAUAACUAUUGAAGCAAUGAAGAGUGACAUAGAUGAGGUGGCUCUACAGGGGAUAGAGUUCUGGUCAAACGUCUGUGAUGAGGAGAUGGACCUGGCUAUAGAGGCAUCUGAGGCAGCAGAGCAAGGAAGGCCUCCAGAGCACACUAGCAAAUUUUAUGCGAAGGGAGCACUACAGUAUCUGGUUCCAAUUCUAACACAAACAUUAACGAAACAGGAUGAAAAUGAUGAUGAUGAUGACUGGAACCCCUGCAAAGCAGCAGGAGUCUGCCUCAUGCUCCUGGCGACCUGUUGUGAAGAUGACAUCGUUCCUCAUGUGCUACCCUUUAUUAAAGAACACAUUAAGAAUCCAGAUUGGCGAUACAGAGAUGCAGCUGUGAUGGCUUUUGGGUGCAUUUUAGAAGGACCAGAGCCUAACCAGCUCAAACCACUAGUCAUACAGGCUAUGCCAACUUUAAUAGAACUAAUGAAGGACCCCAGUGUCGUGGUUCGAGACACAACUGCUUGGACUGUGGGCAGGAUCUGUGAGAUGCUCCCUGAAGCUGCCAUCAAUGACAUUUACCUCGCGCCGCUGCUGCAGUGUCUGAUGGAGGGCCUGAGUGCUGAGCCCAGAGUGGCCUCCAACGUCUGCUGGGCCUUCUCUAGUCUUGCUGAAGCUGCCUAUGAAGCUGCAGAUGUAGCUGAUGAUCAGGAAGAGCCAGCAACCUACUGCUUAUCCUCUUCAUUUGAGCUAAUAGUUCAGAAACUUCUGGAGACCGCAGAUAGGCCUGACGGACACCAGAAUAACUUGAGGAGCUCUGCAUAUGAAUCUCUGAUGGAAAUAGUGAAAAACAGUGCCAAGGACUGUUAUCCUGCUGUCCAGAAGACAACCCUGGUCAUUAUGGAACGACUUCAGCAAGUGCUGCAGAUGGAGUCUCAUAUCCAGAGCACCUCUGACAGAAUCCAGUUCAAUGAUCUUCAGUCUCUUCUUUGUGCUACUCUACAGAACGUCCUUCGGAAGGUCCAGCACCAGGAUGCUUUGCAGAUCUCUGAUGUGGUGAUGGCAUCUCUUCUGAGAAUGUUCCAGAGCACAGCAGGCUCAGGAGGUGUGCAGGAGGAUGCCUUGAUGGCUGUCAGCACCCUCGUAGAAGUCUUAGGUGGAGAAUUUCUGAAGUACAUGGAUGCCUUCAAACCAUUCCUUGGCAUCGGACUGAAGAACUAUGCUGAGUACCAGGUUUGUCUGGCUGCAGUGGGCCUGGUUGGUGACUUAUGCAGAGCCCUGCAAUCCAACAUCUUGCCAUUUUGUGAUGAGGUUAUGCAGCUGCUCUUGGAGAACUUGGGGAAUGAAAACGUUCACAGAUCUGUGAAGCCUCAGAUUCUCUCAGUGUUUGGUGAUAUUGCCCUUGCCAUUGGAGGAGAGUUUAAGAAGUACCUUGAUGUUGUACUGAACACCCUCCAGCAGGCCUCCCAGGCCCAGGUCGAUAAGUCUGACUAUGACAUGGUGGAUUAUCUGAACGAGUUGAGGGAGGGCUGCCUGGAAGCUUACACUGGCAUCAUCCAGGGACUGAAAGGAGACCAAGAAAACGUUCACCCGGAUGUGAUGCUGGUGCAGCCCAGGGUAGAAUUCAUUCUGUCUUACAUUGACCACAUUGCUGGAGAUGAGGAUCACACCGAUGGAGUAGUGGCAUGUGCUGCUGGACUGAUAGGGGAUUUGUGUACAGCUUUUGGAAAAGAUGUACUGAAAUUAGUAGAAGCUAGACCCAUGAUACAUGAACUGCUAACUGAAGGAAGAAGAUCCAAGACGAACAAAACAAAAACCCUCGCUACCUGGGCGACUAAAGAACUGAGAAAACUGAAGAAUCAAGCUUGAUCUUACCAUUGGGAUGACACCUGAGAGCCCCCACUGGAAAAUCUCCAAUCUUUUGAAAAAACAAAAAAAAAAUUAACCAACCAACCCGGAAGCGAGGAGUGUGCACGGAUGCUGAGUGUUUGGGAAUGAGAGGAUGAGUGAGUGAGGCUUGAAACACACCCCACUGAAAAUCCUGCCACGGCAACAGCAGCAGCUGUUAGCGAGAUGAGCACUGACUGGCGCAGAAAAACCUGGCAUCAGCCGUCUUCGGGAAGAGGGAAGGACCGAUUUCUGUCCGAGUAACGAGCGAGUCUCUUCUUGCAACACACCAGGGACUGGCUUCUCCGGCGUGGCCGGCGCGCAAGGUUUGAAGGAGAGGAAACCGGGUUCAACUGCGGUGCUCUUGGUCUGAGGUCUGGCAUUUUUUUGGCAGGGGUGGGGGGAGGGCGGGAGGGAGCUGCUAGAGAGAGAGAGAGAGAUGGAGCCUGAGAUCUCCAGCCGCCUGCUGUCACCUUUGCUGCACGAUGCUGUCGGUGCAGAGAUGGAGAAGUGAGGGGGGGAGGGUGAAGGAUUUUCAGUCUAGGAGUGAGUGUGUGUGAAUGAGGCGGUAUCCACAUUCUCAACUUCAAGUCAUUGCAGUUUAUGUUUUCCCAAAACAAACAAACAAAAAAAGAAAACCCCAUAUAAACAAAAAGGGGUUUUUUUAGCUGUUGCAUUUCAUAAACUAACCGGAGUUCAGUCUACUGAUGCAGCAUAAGAGAUGUAAAAUAAACAGAACAUAAGCAGAAAAGAGGAAAAACAAACAAAAAAAAAGAAAAAACAAAAAAAAAAAAGAAAAAAAAAGGAAAGUCGCUCUGUAGGGCUUUUUGUUUUAGGGAAACACUGACGAAUGUUCAGAGCUCCCGUUCUGAGUGACGCUUUUUCUCUCGGCUCAUCGAAGCGCCUUUCCUUCCUUAACGUUGUUCAACUGUGAAUGUAGAAAAGGGGAGGGGGGGGGAAAGGAAAAAAAACCACAAACCAAAUGCUUGUGUUAAAAGGAAUAGGAAUAAAAUUGUCAAACGAGAUUUCAGGCUUAAAAGCAUAAAGAAAAACCCAACAAAACGCCCGAUGAUGUACAAACAAAAUAGAGAUGUUAAGUGCUCUGAAUUGGCAGCGAGAACGCAAAGGGAAAGGUCUCUCCUGACUAGUACUGUAGCAGCCCUAACACCCACAAAAACAAAACAUUGUGCCAAAGAGUUGAAAAACAACAACAACGCCGACAAAAACAAACCGACCAAACUUCAGGUAAUACCUUGGAUUUUUGCAAAAGUAACGAGGAUAAAUUUUCAGUGUUCAACCAGAAUCUGAUAAAAUGCCGUUUGGAAACUGCUUGGCCUUUUGUGCUCUUUAUUUGAUCAGGUUUUAAUGUGGUAUUGGUCUCUUGCUGCACUUCAAAAAAACGACAAAAAAACAAAACAAACAAACAAAAAAAACCAAAAAACCAGGAAAAAAAAAAGGAAAAAAAGAGAAAUUUAUAUGAGAUAUAUAUAUACUGACUUGAGCUUACACAAGACGGCACUUGUAAAAGGUUAUAUUUUUCCACUGCAGUUGAAGAUUAAUAAAAUGGUGUCAAGCAUUCCCCAAUACUUCCUUUUUGUAUUCUUGGUCUUUCCAGUAAAAGGGGAAACCCAUUAAUUAAUGAUCAUCUACUAUUUUGGGGUGUUUUUUUUCCCCCCUAAAGAGUAGUAACAGUCCAAUGGGCGACUCCGCAGCCGGUGGGCUGGUUGCUGCUUCCCCCGUCACCCAGCGACUUUUUCACGUAUGAAGGAUCAGAAUCUCUCGUUUCCUCUUAAAAAUGACACUUUUUUUGCUUUUGGGGAAUGGCCCCUUGCUUAUCUUAGAUCGUCAGCAAUAAGCCAAGAGAAGAAAAACAGCAACAAACGAAAAAGCAAACGUGAACUGGAGGAGGUGCAGGGUUUUGAGACAGUUUUGUUUCAUUUCAUGGGUUUCUUAAUGCAGCUGUUGAUACAACCAGCAUUUGACUCUACAGUUGAACAUGGGCAUUUUUUUAAAGCUGCUCGUGGGAGGGAAUGUUAAAAAACCUUAGCCAGGUUUUUGGGGUUUUUAUUUUCUUUCUUUUUUUUUCUCUCAAGCAGCAGGUAAGGUUCUGCUUGCUUCCCCCCAAUUUCCUUCCCCCCCUCCCCAGUCUGAUCCUAGGACCCAUGACAAGUGGAGUCCACUUUCGUUGCCCAUCUGCACUGCAGCAUCCACACUAGCUCUUGUACAGGGUAUCAGAUAUGUGCCUUUCAGUGCUGGGUUCAGAUUGCAGUCGAAGUGCCGACUUUGAACCAGUGUACAAAAUAAAUAAAAGAAAAAAAAUAGGCCCAGGUCUGGAGAGGAGGAGGAGGAGGAGCUCUGUGAGCUGGGAGCCAGCUCCCGAGCACGGGCUGGGGAAGAGGCCUGGGUCACGUUUCUAGUAAUGCCUUUUCUUUUUAUUUUGUUUCAGGAGGAGGGGUGGGAUUUCCUAGAAAAACAAAAUAACUAUAAAAAAAGAAAAAGCCAUUCCUGAAGUUGGGGAGGGGGCGUGGAGGGACAAAAAUCUGAUCAUUCCUCAGUGCUACCUGUUUCUGUCCUGUGUGGCUGUUCAGCUGUAGACAGCAGGAGAAUAAAGUACACUGAGACAGUAGUGGAAACAAA